GCACAUUGGGAGGCUGCGAUCAAGCCUAGUGGUGUCGCAUCGCGAAUGAUUGAUUCUCCAUUUUGAUUUUUAUAUAUUUUGGUAUUGUCGAUAUUUUUGACGAUUAUCUGGUAAUUGGAUGCUGUGAAUAACUUGGUCAAUUAAGGAGUUCAGACAAAUCGCGAGACUGGGAAAAAUUAAAGCAAUCACCGAACACAUCCCGCAUCCUCCGCAAAACAACCAAAGCCACCAGGGGCCUAAAUAACUACACUUACCUACACAUACUCACACUCACACUCACACUCACAACAAUGUCUUUCAUCCUCCGCAGACUGCAAGGUGGCAACCUUGAAAUCGCCAAAUUUGGCAUGUACGUCCUCUUCCCCAUUGGAUGGAUGUACUACUUCGGCACAAACCUCGACGACCGCUUUAGCGUUUCUGGCUUCUGGCCUUCCGCAGAACAAUCACAUAAGAUUCCAUUGGAGAAGGAGGAGAUCGACGCUGAGCUGAAGCGGAUGCGGAUGGUGGAUGCUGUUCGGCGGGAGCGGAGACAACAAAGGGAGGCUUUGGAGACGCAGACACAG